AUGAGAGAAAUUAUUCACUUGCAAACAGGACAAUGUGGUAACCAAAUCGGUCAAAAAUUUUGGGAAGCAAUCUCUGCUGAACAUGGUCUCGACCCUUCCGGUUCUUACCAUGGCGAUAGUGAUCUACAAUUAGAACGUAUUAAUGUAUAUUACAAUGAAGCUAUGGGUGGUAAAUAUGUUCCAAGGGCUGUACUAAUAGAUCUUGAGCCUGUAACUAUGGAUUCUAUCAGAUCUAGUCCAUAUGGUCAACUUUUCCGUCCUGAUAAUUUCGUAUUUGGACAAUCUGGAGCUGGUAACAACUGGGCCAAGGGUUAUUACACUGAAGGCGCUGAAUUGGUUGAUUCCAUCUUAGAUGUUCUCCGUAAAGAAUCAGAAUCUACUGAUUGUCUUCAAGGCUUCCAAGUCACUCACUCUCUUGGAGGAGGUACUGGAUCCGGUCUUGGUUCUUUAUUAUUAUCCAAGAUUCGUGAAGAAUAUCCCGAUAGAAUGUUAUGUACAUUCUCGGUGGUUCCAUCGCCAAAAGUAUCUGACACUGUUGUGGAGCCUUACAACGCUACCCUUUCUGUUCAUCAACUAGUAGAAAACAGCGAUGAAACUUUCUGUAUUGAUAAUGAAGCUUUAUAUGACAUUUGCUUCCGUACACUUAAAUUGAAUAAUCCAAGUUAUGGUGAUCUUAACCAUCUCGUGUCAGCUGUCAUGAGCGGUAUCACAACAUGUUUACGUUUCCCUGGUCAAUUAAAUAGUGACUUGAGAAAACUUGCUGUCAAUAUGGUUCCAUUCCCUCGUUUACAUUUCUUCAUGGUUGGUUUUGCGCCAUUAACUUCUCGUAGUUCACAAGGUUUUCGCGCUCUCACAGUACCAGAGUUGACUGCACAAAUGUUCGAUGCACGGAAUAUGAUGGCCGCAUCAGAUCCUCGUCAUGGACGAUAUUUAACUGUCGCGACUAUUUUCCGCGGUAGACUAUCAACAAAAGAAGUUGAACAGCAAAUGCAUACGAUUCAAAUGAAAAAUAGUUCAUACUUUGUAGAAUGGAUUCCAUCAAAUGUUAAGAUUUCCGUUUGUGAUAUUCCACCAGUUGGUCUCACCAUGUCUGGUACUUUCGUCGGUAACAGCACCGCCAUCCAAGAAUUGUUUAAACGCAUUAAUACGCAGUUCACUGCUAUGUUUAGACGAAAAGCUUUCUUGCAUUGGUAUACUGGGGAAGGUAUGGACGAGAUGGAAUUUACCGAAGCUGAAUCUAACAUGAACGAUUUGGAAGAAGUUGGUGACGAUUAUGAAGGUGAAGGUGAAGAAUAUGCUGGAGAAGAGGAAGCCGAAUAA